AUGUCGCACUCCCAGAGAACAUACGACCUGCUGAUCAAGCUGCUGCUGAUAGGCGACUCCGGCGUGGGCAAGUCGUGUCUGCUGCUGCGGUUCUGCGAGGACCAGUUCACCCCCUCCUUCAUCACCACCAUUGGUAUCGACUUCAAAAUCCGAACGAUUGACAUUGGCAAUCAGCGGGUCAAGCUGCAAGUGUGGGACACGGCCGGCCAGGAGCGGUUCCGAACCAUCACCACCGCCUACUACCGGGGCGCCAUGGGCAUUCUGCUGGUGUACGACGUGACGGACGAAAAGUCCUUCAACAACAUUGAAAACUGGUACCAGAACGUGCAGAGCUACGCCAACGAGGGCGUCGAGCUCAUUCUGGUCGGCAACAAGUGCGACCUCGAUGAGAAGCGAGUCGUUUCCACAGAACAGGGCCAGGCCUUGGCAGAUAAGUUUGGCAUUCCCUUCUUGGAGGCCUCAUCCAAGACCAACAUUAACGUCGAGGAGUGUUUCUACUCGGUUGCCACUCGAAUCAGGGACACUGUGGCCAAGACCAAGGGCAACGAGUCUGGGUCGGGCGGCAUCAACAUCGCCGAGGGCGAGGAAAACUCCGCCUCCAAGUGCUGUUAA